AUGGCGGAAACGCCUUUUCGGGGCGGAUUUGUUCUUAGAGGCAACCACAACCGUUAUAAACAAUUACAACUCCUGGCCCCCAACCUUAUGCAAAAGCACUUUCUGGCUAGCGGUGCAGAGCAGGUCUCUAAACAGAACGCAUCAGAAGACGAUUGGGUGGAAGAGCUUAAGAAUGCAUUACACUAA